CAAUUUUCAACCUGAGUUCAUAUCAACCGUCAUGCCCAGAAGAAGCUCCGAAACCUGGGCAGCCUCCAACUGCGACAUAUCCACACAAACGAGAUCAUCCUGAUCCCUACGCCCUCCUCUAAUCCUAAUGAUCCUCUUAAUUGGUCCAGGACCUACCGCCUCUACAUCGCAGUACUAGUGUGUUUCGCCAUGUUCAUGACCAACUUCUUAGCCGCCGGUCCUAGCGUUGCAAUUGUGUCAAUCGCAGAAACUUUCUUCGGCCCACCCGGCCCAAAUCUGCCAGCUCACAUCUCGACGACUGCCUAUCUCUUCACAGUGGCCUCUCUGUGCCAGGGCAUUGGCAUGCUAUUCUGGAUGCCGUUUAUUGCCAAGUACGGCCGGCGCCCGGUGUACAUCAUCUCGUUCGUCCUCUACACUGCCAGUGCCGUCUGGUGCGGUGUUGCCGAGUCGUACGGAGUGGAGCUUGCUGGUCGAGUCAUCCUGGGUUUGGCUAGCGGCGCUGGAGAAUGCCUAGGACCCUUGACGAUUGCAGAUAUCUUCUUCCUGCAUGAACGUGGAUCCAUCAUGGCCAUAUAUACCGCAGCCCUUUCCAUGGGCGUUGGCGGCGGGAUUGUCAUCAGUGGUCUGAUUGUGAGGACUUUGUUGUGGCACUAUAUCUUUUACGUCGGAGCGGCCCUUACAGGCCUUACGACGAUCCUGGUAAUUCUUACAUUCCCCGAGACCACCUUCCUGCGCGGCCAGGAGUCAGAUGAUGAGAUGGUACCUGUAGGUGUUGUCGUAGAUGAAGGUGAGAAGCUCUCGAACACUGCUACAUGUUUCGAGAACAAACCGGACUUGAAACUAGGGAGUGCAGAUGCCUAUCGCCGAGAGCUACCCCCCGGCAGGUCCUAUCUUAGCUCUCUUAGCCUUUUUUCAGGUGUAUACACUUCCGAGUCUUUGUGGAGGAUCUUUCUCCGACCGAUAAGUCUCAUUUUACUACCACCAGUCCUUUGGGCGUCCUUUGCCAUGUCCGUCACCGUAGGAUUUCUUGUCGCCAUCACCUCGAACUUCGCAAGUGCUUUUGCUGCAACCUACAACUUCGCGCCAUGGCAAUCAGGCCUCUGUUUCGUUUCCGCCAUCAUAGGCUCAUUCCUCGCAAUAGCUUUCGGCGGCCACGUCUCUGAUUGGACUGCCGAUUGGUUUACAAAGCGGAACGGAGGUCUGCGCGAGCCUGAAAUGAGGCUUCCGGCAGUGGCGGUUGGUGGCAUCUUCAUCCCGGUCGCUCUUAUCCUCUACGGGGUUGGCAUCAACAACCAUUUACACUGGAUGGUGCCAACAUUAGGGCUGGGAUGUUUAAACUUUGCGAUUGUGCAGGUAACGAGCGUGUCCCUGGUGUACACCAUCGAUUGCUACAGACCUGCUGCUGGCGAGGUGGCUGUGUCGCAAUUAGUAUUCAAGGCAUUCGGCUUCCUUCUCUCGUUCUACACAAAUCCAUGGAUUGAUAGUUAUGGCUAUGCUAAAGCAUUUGGGUCGAUGGCCGGCAUAGCAAGUGCUGUUAUUCUCUUUGCAAUUCCAUUGUAUUUCUUUGGGAAAGGC